ACGUUAAAUAUUGGUCGAAGUGGUUCGAAGAUGCAAACAGUGUUAGUAUCCUGCAUUGGCAAGAAGAUUCCACGUUGGUUUUUGCCACAUUCUUCAAAAUCGCUACGAAUCCGACCAAUUUGGUCAUCCUCCAUUAAGAUGGCUGCGGAAGACUACACUUUUGGGCCAUACAAGAUACACCACACUGAAGUGUUCUACUCCACACAUCUCUCCUACGCCAUGGUCAACCUUCGUCCUCUCCUCCCUGGUCAUGUGCUUGUCUGCCCAAAGCGUGAAGUUAAGCGUUUUGUUGAUCUCACUGCUGAUGAGACUUCUGAUUUAUGGCUCACUGCACAGAAAGUUGGUAAGCAGCUUGAGAGCUACCACAAGGCUUCAUCACUUACUCUGGCAAUCCAAGAUGGACCCCAAGCAGGACAGACGGUACCCCAUGUUCAUAUUCAUCUUAUCCCUCGAAAAAGUGGUGAUUUUGAGAAGAAUGAUGAGAUAUAUGAUGCAAUGGAUGAGAAGGAGAAGGAAUUGAAACAAAAGCUUGACUUAGACAAGGAGAGGAAAGACAGAACCCUUGAAGAGAUGAGUCAAGAGGCAGAUGAAUACAGAAAGCUUUUCGUAUAACGGUUGGCUUGCUGUAGAAAAUGAAUAUUGUGUGCAUCAUGUCCAGAUUUUCUGUGUGCGGACAAUAGUAAUGCACUUCCUUGGGGUCACCGAAAAUUUUAUGCAGCUGAUUUAGAUUAUAGAGGUUUGAGUUGGGCUGAACCAUACAAGUCACAAAUUCUAGUCUUCUGGAGAACUUAUUAUUUACUGUAACAUGUAGCAUGGAACUAAAGUUUCAACCAAUGGUGACGAUUUGGUUCUUAUUCAAAUAAUAGCAUUUGGUCCCUCUUUUUAUUUUA